ACACACAACACACACUAGAUCCGUCUGCCAGCACGGCUACGGAACUCUCUCUCUCUCUCAUGCCCAGGACGCGUUGAGGGCGACACAACCCCUAUACGAACGGCUCGACGUUUUGUGAGCGGAUGCAAGAAAGCACAAGAGGACAGAAGAUUGAACUAAACCUGCAGCUACAAAUAGUUUCUCCGGGGUCGAGAGCGCAGUGCCAACAGUAUGCCUAAGCAAGUGGAGGUCAGGAUGCACGAGAGUCACUUGGAGCCCAUAGAGGCCACUCCGCAGUCCAAAUGCGGAGUCUUCUGCGGGAAGCUCUUCAAGAACCUGCUGCUCACACUCACAGUGCUGGGUGUGAUCCUGGGCGCCGUUUUUGGAAUGCUUCUACGCCCUUUCGCACCCAUAAAUCCUGAUAUCGUCAUGGUGAUUGCCUUCCCUGGUGACAUCCUGAUGAGGAUGUUGAAAAUGCUCAUUCUUCCCCUCAUCAUUUCCAGUUUGAUCACAGGACUGUCUGGUCUGGAUGCCAAGUCCAGUGGUCGCCUGGGAACCAGGGCCAUGGUCUACUACAUGUCCACCACCAUCAUUGCCGCCAUCCUGGGUGUCAUCCUGGUGUUGGUCAUCCACCCUGGCAACCCCAAGAUGAAGGAGCAGCUGGGAGAGGGCACCAUCAAGGAUGAGGUCUCCAGCCUGGAUGCCUUCUUCGAUCUCAUUAGGAACCUCUUCCCAGAGAACCUUGUCCAGGCUUGCUUCCAGCAGAUCCAGACGACCGUGAAGAAGGAGAUAGUUGUUCCACCUGAGGUGAACAGCACCUUGGAAGAUAUCCUCACCUCAGCCACCCAGGCCCCGCCAGUAUACAUCGUCAAAAAGUCUCUUCAGUUCAAGAGUGGAAUGAAUGUUUUGGGUUUGAUCGGUUUCUUCAUCGCCUUUGGCAUCUGCAUGGGGAAGAUGGGUGACAGGGCUCGUCUCAUGAUUGAGUUCUUCAGCAUCCUGAACGAGAUUGUCAUGAAGCUGGUCAUCAUGAUCAUGUGGUACUCUCCGUUCGGUAUCGCCUGCCUGAUUACCGGUAAAAUCAUCUCCAUCAACGAUCUGGAGGUUGUUGCUAAGCAGCUGGGCAUGUACAUGGUGACCGUCAUCAUUGGUCUCAUCAUCCACGGCGCCAUUUUCUUGCCUACCAUUUACUUCGCCAUCGUGAGGAAAAACCCCUUCACCUUCUUCAUGGGCAUCUUCCAGGCAUGGAUCACAGCUCUGGGAACAGCAUCCAGUGCUGGAACUCUGCCAGUCACCUUCCGUUGCCUUGAAGAGAACCUGGGCAUUGACAAGAGAGUUACCCGAUUUGUGCUACCAGUCGGUGCCACCAUUAACAUGGACGGCACUGCCCUCUAUGAGGCCGUGGCUGCCAUUUUCAUUGCCCAGAUGAACGGCAUCCACCUGGACCCGGGCCAGAUCGUCACCGUCAGCCUCACUGCCACCCUGGCCAGUAUAGGAGCCGCCAGUAUUCCCAGUGCCGGCCUGGUCACCAUGCUGCUCAUCCUGACAGCCGUUGGCCUCCCCACACAGGACAUCAGUCUGCUAGUGGCAGUCGACUGGCUGCUGGAUCGCUUCCGUACCUCUGUGAAUGUGGUGGGUGACUCCUAUGGGGCCGGCAUUGUCUACCACAUGUCCAAGGCCGAGCUGGAUGCCCUGGAUGCCCAGCACAAGUCGGACGACAUCGAGAUGAUGACCAAGACCCCGUCCUACUACGACGACCUCAAGAACCAUCACGAAAACAACUCCAACCAGUGCGUGACCUAUGCCGCUCACAAUUCAGUACUGGUAGAUGAAUGCAAGGUAACCUCGGCCACAAAUGGUUCAACGGCUGCGGCGGAGGUCACACUUGUUGAGGAGGAGCCGGGGAGACAAGAAUAAAGCAAGCACACACACACCCAGCACCUGAGAGUCCACAAGCUUUCCUAUUUGGCGAAAA